GAGGAGGAGGGGGGGGGGAGAGAAAGACAAAAACAGAUCUUUAACAGAGUGGACUGUUUUUUGGACACAUCUACAUCCAGGUCAAUUCAAGGUGACCAGGGAAGACAACUUGUCUCAGUGGUGGCUCAGCUCACGUCAACAUUGUGCUUGCUGUACCCAUUUACCAUCUACUCACUCAUCUUAAUACUGAAGUUGGAACCUAUAUUGAAUAAUAGAUUCGCUGUGAGGGAAUAUCUUCAUCUUGUUGGAGUGUGAUGGCCAUGGUGGGCGGGGGAUGGGGAAACCCCAACGGGGGCACAAACGGGCUCGGAGAGAAGGGUUAUCAUCAGGGGGAGGACGGGGACGGGUCCCCCCAGGCUGGAGCCAGUGAUGUGGAAGGCGGAGAGGAGGACAGGGCUUGUGUGGUUGACUGUGUGGUGUGUGGAGACAAGUCCAGUGGGAAACAUUAUGGUGUCUUCACCUGCGAAGGCUGCAAAAGCUUCUUUAAGAGGAGCGUCCGUCGUAACCUCAAUUAUACGUGCAGAUCCAAUCGAGAAUGCCAGAUCGACCAGCAUCACCGCAAUCAAUGCCAAUACUGUCGACUGAAGAAAUGUUUCCGAGUUGGCAUGAGAAAGGAAGUCUGUCUCAGAUCCAUCUCCAUCUCUUUCCUCCAUCUAGCAGUCCAGCGUGGGCGUGUUCCCCCUUCCCACUCAGGUAUCAGUCCUACCUCUCUGUCCGGGGGUGGAGGUCCUGGAGGAACAGGCAUGGUGGGGGAUUUUUUUAACGGUCAGCCCGUGUCCGAGCUCAUCUCCCAGUUACUCAGGGCCGAACCUUACCCCAGUAGUCGUUACCCUCCCCAGUACAACCAGCAGCAGCUACAGGGUGGCAGCAAUCCGGUGAUGGGCAUCGAUAACAUCUGCGAGCUGGCGGCGCGGCUUCUCUUCAGCACCAUCGAGUGGGCCCGGAACAUUCCUUACUUCCCGGACCUGCCCGUGUCGGAGCAAGUGGCGCUCCUGCGGCUCAGCUGGAGCGAACUGUUCAUCCUGAACGCGGCUCAGUCCGCCUUGCCCCUGCAUACCGCCCCCCUGCUGGCCGCCGCCGGUUUCCACGCCUCCCCCAUGUCUGCCGAAUGCGUGGUGUCCUUCAUGGAUCAGGUGCGGGUCUUCCAGGACCAGGUGGAUAAACUGACGAGACUGCAGGUGGAUUCGGCCGAGUACAGCUGCCUGAAGGCCAUCGCGUUGUUCUCUCCAGAUGCCUGCGGGUUGACUGACCCGGCGCACGUGGAGAGCCUGCAGGAAAAGGCCCAGGUGGCUCUCACCGAGUACGAGCGAAUGCAGUACCCCAGCCAACCCCAGCGCUUUGGACGCCUGUUGCUACGGUUACCGGCCCUGAGGGCGGUGCCCGCCUCACUUAUCUCACAGCUCUUCUUCAUGCGGUUGGUUGGCAAGACGCCCAUCGAAACGCUGAUCCGGGACAUGCAGCUGUCUGGCAGCUCGAUAAGCUGGCCGUAUGUGCCCGGCCAAUAGCUACUUCGGUCUCUAUGGCAAUGUGUCCCUCAACCAGGUCAUUUACGUUUCUCUCCAGUCCCUGAGUGUACCUAUCCCUUUUUUUUUAAAUGUCAUAUUCUCUGUUUUGCAUUAUCACAGAUUUGUGGUCAGGGGGAUAGAUCAAGCGCGGCAAGGUAUAUAAUAUGACAUUUCUUCACGUAUCUCGCUUCAAGGUACCUGAAAUCUUCUCACAUGUGUAGUAAAUGUGCACAAUACCAAGGCCCAAUAACAGCUAAGUCAAUAAGACUAUAUGUUGGCUAAUGGGAAAAACAGAUCUCUGUCAAUAGCCGCUUGGCAAGACUGCCAUUGUUCUAAUUGCCUAGAAUAAUAUGGGUACUGUGCUGUGCAAGGAACUAUGGGAUAGCUCAAGGUACCUUUAAAAUGAAAUAUUUGUGAGUCAGAGUGAACAGGUUUCUAUCAGCACAUAGUCAUGAAUGUGUUGCUAUGGACUGGUUUACUACUUCAUUAAAACUGGGGAACAAAGCCAGCCCUGAACUGGAAAGAUGAUUGGAGUAGUUUCUUUGUAUUUUUAUGUCAUCAAAAAGUCCAUCAAACUGUAAAUUAUGUCAUAUGGCUGACCGUGGAAAUGAUCCAAAUAUUUUUGCAUACUACUAAUAAAGACAUAAGAACUGAAA